GUGUCUUUAACAUUGACGUAAUCAAUGGGAGAGUCAGGUGCUUGAUUGUCAGAUAAACUGUGUAAGUUCAGAUGACAGGAAUGUAAACAAUAAGGAAAAAAUAUCGUCGUCUUUACUGGAACGAGGUGGGAUCAAUGGAUCCUUUUCCCGAUAGAAGAGUAAUAAUGGAUGAUUCUUUAGAGUCGGUAACCGUUGUAGAUGUUUAUGAUCAGGCUGCAGGGAUAGGGAAGGAGUUCGAAAAGCUAAUCGAGAACUAUGGAGUAGAUGCGGUGACAGACCUAAUGCCAAAAGUGAUAAAAGCCCUGGAGCAGUUAGAAAGUUUAGCAGGAAGAUACGAAAAAGAGAGUAGUGAAAUAUCAGAGUUAAGAUACACUAUCGAUAAAUUGGAGACAGAGAAACAAGAAAGAUCACAAGAAAGACUACGUUAUGAAGAGGAGUUGCUGCAGAUAGAGGAUAACUGGCAAAGGGAAACAAAGGAUUUGUUAAAGGCUGUGUCUGCCCUCCAGGAAGAGAACAAACGCUUGCAGAACCGCCUAGUGGACACGAAACAGGCAGUGGCUGAGGAGGUGGCAGCAGUUACUAGAGAAACCGAGCAAAAGGAAAUUCAAGUGUUAACUAAACUAAAGGAAACAGUAGACAAACAAAGAGAAGAACUAAGGAAAUAUAAGACUGAAGUGAAGCAUAAAUCAGCAGAUUGUGAUGCACUACAGAGCCAGUUAGAACAGAUCGUGAAGGUGAAUUCUGACCUGAGGCGAAGCAACAGCAUACAGAGGAAGCAGUCGCACACCCUGCUGGAGGAGAAGAGUGAGCUAGAGGCCCAGCUAGCCGACAAGGAGCAACAGAUCACCAAGAUUACCUCCCUGGUCAGAGAGCAGGAGGAGAAACAGGCCCCACAGACCACCGCCGCCCCCAGACCCCCACACCCUUCCCUGGAGGUGGAAGAGGAUGAAACGACUCUACACAAUGAGGUGGAGGCCACACAUUCCACAGGUAUCCCCCAGUUUCCCCCAGGGGCUCCGCCAGGGAGUGAGGAGGAGAGAGGGGAGGAAUCGGGGGAAAACAUGAAGAGCAUCGAACAAAACAUGAGCAUGAUCGGAAAGAUGGUCAUCGACAUGAAGGACCCGGACCGCCCGCGAUUCACGAUGAAGGAGCUGAAGACAGUGCUGAUGGAACGUAACGAGCUGAAGGCCAAACUGAUAGAGGUCGAGGAGGAGCUCACGGCAUUCAGGCCAAAAGUGCCAAGAAAGAACACUAAUUCAAGCACCGAUUUGGAAUACCAAGGGGAGGACCUGCCAGUACACGGUCCAAUCAACAGGGAGCCCGAUGAAAAAGUCUACCCAGGACACCGGAGACCAUCAGGGAUCCGCAAAUUUUUUACAGAGCUAGUGGAAAAACUCAACCUGCCAGAGUUGGAUUUCUAAUCUUGUGUAGUUAAUGAAAGUUUUGAUAGUCUCUUUGGUUCCUCCUCAAGAAGUCGUACAGACAGUGAAAUCUGUUGACAAGCAACGGAUGUAAAUGAAGAAUAUUUCUCUGAUGUUCGACUCAAUAUGGCAGCCUCUUGGUCAAUGUUUCUGCACGACAAACAAUCAUAUCCAUGGACUGAGUGAAACUGACUGUUGCCCAGGAAAUGUUCUGAUGCAUCAUGGGACCAAAAGAGGAUAAAUUUGUCAUAUCUGUGGCAUUCAUCAUGUGAUAACAUUUAAUUCUGUUAGCAAGUUGAUUUUAGAGUGACAAGAAUUAUAUCAAGUAUAUGAUCAGUAUUUAUUAAUUUAAAAGAAUGAGAAAAUUGGUAGUUUAUAUUAUGGUAACUUAGAAUUAUAUAUUGUAAUCAAAGCAAAAACCAUAUUUUUUCAUUGCAUGUAAUAUUGGCUGGUUGAAGCAAGUCUGAGUGUUGGAAUGCCAGUGUAUCAGAUAAAACUUUGGUAGCUUAUAUGUAUAUGAUUUGUGAUUUGCUAUAUGCUUUAUGAUUUUAAUGCUAGAUUUUUAUAUACAUUUGUUAUUUACUAGUAAUCAUCCAGUUUAAGAACCAGCAGACUUUGGUUGUGUGUUGAGAAACUGUUCUAGUUGUGUCAUGUACGAAUGUUGUUGGUGCCGUACUUAUCCAGCUGUUUAUUUUAUUUGGAACCUUAUGUAUCAGAUGACGAUUAGGCAUAUUGUUGUGUAAGAGAAGAGAUAGUGAUAUUCAAGUAAUGUCCAAGCUAACAGCAGGGCAAACUUCCCAAAGACUUUUGACUUCAUAUACAUGUACCAACUGAAGUAACGCACAAGUUGGGUAUAUUCAAUGGAAAAUAUACUCAUUUUUGUUUGUUUUGUUUUUUUUCUCCUUGGUAGUUUAGAUUCAAAUACAAUCAAACAAACAAAAUGUUGACAAAUUUACAAUAUUUGUACAGGUGUUGCUUAUAUUGAUUUAAAUGAAAUCUGUCAAUUAACAGUAAAUGUCUAUGGAACGUGUUCUAGAAAUCGGCAACUAUUUGACAACCUUACUUCAUUUUACACUGAUAUGAUAUUUCAUUUGUUAUGAUUUUAUUUUAUUGUUAAGUUUUUGUUAUGAAUUGUUGUUGCAGUAAAUUUUUAUCCAAUGCAUGCUUUCUUAGGCAAACCUUAAUUACUACUGACAGGAAUUUAAGAUAAAACCAUGAAAGCUAAUUAAAAGGAUAUGAGUUAUAUGUGAUGAUAUAAUACAUGUGGUAUGUUUCCAUUUUAUUGCUUUUGCAAAAGAAAUGAAGUAGAAGUAAAUUUGAGCAGGGUUUUUUUUCAAUCUUUUUUUCUUCAGCUUAAUCAGCUAAAACCAAUGUUUCAAAGAGAAUUUAUUACUUUUAUUAAUUACUACGGUAAUCAAUUUCAAAGAUGUAUUUAAGAGAUAUACUUAUAGAAUCUGAUGUCUCAAUAUAGUAUGUGUUGUACUUAGAAUGUAAGAUAUUUUCUAAAAGGAUUUUUAUGAUUCAAUUGAAUGUAUUUUAAUUUUUAUUCAAGUAAACAUUCAAUGUACAAGAUAAUAUACACUUUUUGUACAUUAAUGUAUAAUAUCGGACACAAGAUCACCAUAAAUUUUAGUACUUUUUAAAACAAUCAGGAAAAUAGUAUAUCUCAAGUAUUUAAUGAUCAAAACAAAACUUGUGUCUCUAUUUUUUUUUUUAUUAAUGUACUUGCUGGCUUAAAAUCGAUUCGCUCCUACCAUUCUGUUAAAGGCAUUCCAUGUAACUCAGCUUUGAGGCAUCAUAGAGAGGAACUGAUUAAAUCUAUUGUCAUUCCAUUCACUGUACUGUACACUGUAUCAAAGAAAAUUACCUCAACAUCUUUAUAUAUUUUGUAAUACACCAAGUAUUCAUAACGUACUAGUGGUUCAGUUAUCUUAGAAUAAAAUUCAUAUUUGC